UUGAAAUCGGCCUCAUUGGCUUUUUCUAGUCUUCACCGGAGAGAAAAGUUGGCGAUUUGCAAACUGCAUUUUCAAUAAUCGACUGCGUCUCCUCUUUUCUCCUACCCAACCAAACCUUCUCAUUGUUCGCCUUCGGAUUAGCCAUGGAGGACGAGAUCGAACUGAAAACUGCUCCUGCUGAUUUCCGGUUCCCUACAACGAACCAAACAAGGCACUGCUUCACUCGUUACAUUGAGUUCCACAGGUGCACAACUGCAAAGGGUGAGGACUCCAAUGAAUGCGAGAGGUUCGCCAAGUAUUACCGUGCCCUCUGUCCUGGAGAAUGGGUUGACAAGUGGAAUGAGCAGAGGGAGACCGGAACUUUCCCUGGUCCUCUCUGAUUCGAGCAAGAAAAGCUCUCUUUAUCAUUUUCUGUUUUUGAGGCCAAAUGGUCCUGUUGAUGAUCUUUGAAAUUCAACUCUUUCCUUUGUUCAGCACUUUCUUUUGGUGAUUCAAUAAAUAAAUUGGAAGACAUUCUUUGGGGAUUAA